UAGGGAUAUCCUUUCAAUUUCCAUCCUCAUCAUCACCAACCAUUCACCACCCACUCCCACCUAUGUCCUUAUUUUAAUUUUUAGGCCAAGACCAAACAAAACCAAGAAAGGAUCGACCAAAAAAUUCAUCACCCCCCAUGGCUUCGUUAUCCCUAAUCUCACCUCACUCUCCUUCUUCUUCUUCUUCUUCUACUCUCCGUCACAGUUCCAUUAUUGGCACCCGUCUUCCUUCCAUCUUCUUGCGCAACCCCACUAUCCGCAUUCGCUCCACAACCCCUUCAAUUAAAGCCUUCUCUGCACCCGUUCCUUCACCUUUAACCCAAGAUGAACUUAAGAAACUAGCAGCCGAUAAGGCCGUUGAGUAUGUCAAAAGUGGAAUGGUCCUUGGUUUAGGCACUGGGUCAACAGCAGCUUUCGUUGUCGCUAAAUUGGGUGAGCUUCUUUCAUCGGGCCAACUCACGAACAUUGUAGGAGUUCCCACUUCAAAGCGUACUGAAGAACAAGCUUUGUCGCUUAACAUCCCGUUAUCUACACUUGACGACCACCCACAUAUUGAUCUUGCUAUUGAUGGUGCUGAUGAGGUCGACCCGAAUCUCGACCUAGUCAAGGGUCGAGGAGGAGCUCUUUUAAGGGAGAAGAUGGUGGAGGCCGCGUCUGAUAAGUUUGUUGUUGUGGUCGAUGAUUCGAAGCUUGUUUCGGGUCUUGGUGGAUCCGGGUUGGCUAUGCCGGUUGAGGUCGUGCAGUUUUGUUGGAAGUACAAUUUGGUUAGGUUACAGGAAUUGUUUAAGGAAGAGGGUGUUGAUGCAAAGUUGAGAUUGGAUGGUAAUGGGAAGCCAUAUGUGACCGAUAACUCGAAUUAUAUUGUGGAUUUGUAUUUCAAGACUCCUAUUAGGGAUUCUGCUGCUGCUGGGAAGGAGAUUGCGUCUUUCGAAGGGGUGGUGGAGCAUGGAUUGUUCUUGGAUAUGACCACUGCUGUUAUCAUUGCUGGGAAGGAAGGUGUCAGUGUCAAGAGCAAGUGAAAUAUUCACCAAUUUUAGCUCCCAACUGGUGAGGUCUGAACAACUUUAACUUCUGUUUUGAGUGGAAUUUUUAGACUUCAUUUUCGUAUCGAGGAAAUAGGAGUUGAUUGUUGUAACAUUAAUAAGUUUUUGCAUUUUUUUUGGAGAUGUUUAGCAAUAAUACUCCCGUCUGAAUGUAAUUUGUAUAUUAGAAUCGAAAAGAAAUGUCUUUUGAUGAUUUCUCUU